CGUACCCUCGAACCAAACGAGUCCCCAUCGACGUGGGUAUAAAAUGAUUCACAAAAUCCAAUUCAAAUUCACAUCCGAAAAUGGAGAAACCCUCCUCCACCUCCCCUUCUUCACCACGAAAACGACGUCGCAUCGGUGAACAAAGCGACCCCUCAGCUCAAUCAGAUUCACUAGAGCUCAAUUUUAGCUUCAGUGAUACAUUGGUUGCUCUGCAGAUGAUGCGCUCUCAGUUUCCCAGCAAUCCCAAGAUUUUGGUGAAGCCUUUUGUGUUGCAAUCACAGUUAUACAGCAGUGUAAAGGAUAGGACUCAAGUAGAUAGGGAAUUAGAGUCAUUGAGGAGGGAAAAAGUUAUACGAAUUUUUAAACUAAAUACUGGACAAGAUGAUCAUGCCAUAAUGUUUCUGGAUGACUAUUUGGAUGAGAUCAAGUGUGUCGCGGAAAGGAUGAAAGCAAAGAAGCAAGAUGACCUGGCAAUUUUUGAGUGGUUUAAGUUGCAUGUUGUCCAUUCCAAGCUGGAUCCUAGUAUUGAACAUGAAGAGCUCUGUUCAUUACUAUCCCUAGGGGGAAAGGUGAAAGAUGAACAUCUGACCGUUUUAAUUAAUGCUGGUCUUCUUGCUCGCCAACUUGUCGAUCCAAACAUGUACUGGUUUACCAUACCAAAUAUUGGUUCACUACUCAAGAGUCUCUCUCAGGGAAGACAAGAGCUUCUGUCCUUCCUUAAGCGUAGGAGAUACAAGGAGAUGAUGAUGGCUACUUUAGAGAAAAAGAGCCUACGAUUUUCUCCGUUGGAUAUAAGGUUUCAUCUUCGUGAUCUUAUUGGUUCUGGCUCCCUCAAAACUUCUCAGACACCCAGUGGUUUAGUUGUUCAGAUAGCAAAGGAUUGAAACUGAGGUCUUCACCAAGGCACCUUGAGCCACCAGUGGGAACAGCCUUAAUAUAUGAUCACUAAACUCUUUUCGGAAGAGAGAGGCGGGGAUGUGUGCUUUGAAUCUUUCACAUAGUCUUGGGCCCUAUAGAGUUGGCGGAAAAUCAAAAUUCCCAAGCUAUGAUGAUUGUACUUUCAUCGAAUCAGUUGCAUUUAGACGAAUAAGCAGGUACUCCCAAUUGAUAUGUGGCACUCCUAAUAUCUAUAGGAGGAUAUAGAAGUUCUGAGUGUGACACAAGACUCCCUAUUUAGACUAUUCUUUCUACAGGUGCAGCAUUUUUUCACAUUCUUUUUAUAAUGUUUUCUCCAUAAACCUGUCAGAAUAAGGUAUUUAACAAUUUUUUAAUAUCUCCUGUAAUCUCUUUGAUGGAAAUGCUUUUUCACUUAACGGAGUUUAAUUCUUUUAAUCA